AUGCCGCCCAAAAAAGGCAACUUCAAGCGCAGCUUCAGCGCGCCGCGCCUCGCGCUCACUAAAGACGUUCUCCCCCCCCCCGACGGCGCGCCUCCGCCCUCCGCCAUGGACGUCGACGGCGGCGGAAUCGGGUCCGCGGCGCUUGCGCCGGGCGGAAGGACACCGCAGACUGGCGCACUGCGCGACCCCAGCCUUCCCCCUUCCCCCGCCCCCCAAUGGGGUGUGCCCCUCUCCCCCGCACCGCUUCCGCUUCCGCCCUCCGCGGAACACCUUGCGCCGUUCGGGUUCGCCCUGCAGCCGUCCCCUGCGGCGUCCCCCGCGGCGGCGGCUAUAGCUGCGCCGCCUGUAGCUCCGUCUCCGCCGCUGCCUGCGGCGAUAAUGUCGCCGCGACUGCUGCCAGAGGGGUUGGGAUGGGUGGAUCGACUCUCGAACAUCGCGCACCGCAAGGUCAGCGCUUUAUCCGCCGCUAAACCCGCCGCGGACGCGCACGCUGCCGUCGGCAGCCCCGCGGGUGGCGGAGCUGGCGGGGCUGGCGGGGCCGGAAUGGCGGGGAGGGGCGCAAGCAGCAGGGGCGCGGGGGAGACUGGCGGAGCGGGGGAGCGGGUGAGCUGCGCGCCGAGCGAGUCAAACACGUACUUUACGGAAUCGGCGCGCAGCGGCACCCCUAGCAUGAGCGCCGCGCCCAGCGUCACCUUGGGAAUGCCGAGCCAGAUGCAAGCGAGCCCGUCCGCCGUGAGCCACGUUAUCGGGAACGCCAAUAACGCGGAUGGCGCAACUCGCGGGAGAAUCCAGGCGUAUGGGGCUCGGAACGUGUCUGGCAUGGUUGGGGGGGUGAGUGAGGUAGGGGGAAUGGCGAUGGAUGGGGGAGGCCAGGGAGGAGUGGACGUGGGUGGAGGGGUGUCGUCUCCUUAUCGAGGAGGGAAUGCGCUGGGACAGCCAAGGGGAUUUGGUGGUAACCCGCUGACGCAAGCAACAGCCGCAUCACGGCGGCGCGUCACCAUCGCCACCGUCGCCAAUGCAGCUGCCACCCCAGCACCAGGUGCAGCAGCAGCUGCCGCAGCAGUACUCGCCUUCCCCUUUGAGCAGGCAGCAUUGCACUGUGCCAAGCUCUCCCGUGAAUGCGAUGCUGCAGCCAGGGCAGCAGCCGCAGAAGCAGCAGCAGCCGCAGCCGCAGCAGCAGCAGCAGCAGCAGCAGCAGCCGCAGCAGCAGCAGCAGCAGCAGCAGCAGCAGCAGCAGCAGCAGCAGCAGCAGCAACAGCAGCAGCAGCAGCAGCAGCAGCAGCAGCAGCCGCAGCAGCAGCAGCAGCAGCAGCAGCAGCAGCAGCAGCAGCAGCAGCAGCCGCAACAGCAGCAGCAGCAGCAGCAGCAGCAGCAGCAACAGCAUUUGCAAUUGACGGCUCUUACACCUACACCAUGCAACCCCCUCUUUCCCAGCAUCAGCAAACCCAGCCACACGGGGAGCCCUUCGUUUCCUCUGCCCCUGCCCCUGCUGCUGGUGUUGCUCCCCUUGGUGGCGGGGGUAGUUUUGCCCUUGGGUCGCUCCCUCUCUCCUCUGCUCGCGGCGCUACAGCUGACGCAGGGCUUGCUACAGUGCACGAUCUGGAGCUACAGGAGUUAGAAGUGCUGGAAUGGCUGCCGGACAAUGAUGGCGGAAUGGGCGGCAGCAUGGGCGGCAUGGACGGCAUCGACGGCAUGGGCGGCGCGGGCGGCAUGGGCGGGGAAGAGGAUUUCUUUUCGCCCUUGCAUGUCUCUGGUGGGGCAAUGGGUAUGGGCGGGAUGGGGGACGUGAGGGGAAUGGGCGGGGUGGGUGGAAUGGGCGGGAUGGGGGGGAUGGGCGGGAUGGGGGGAAUGGGUGGAGCAGGGGAUGCAGGAGCAGGUGGGGAGGGUGGGGGGCAAGGUGCUAUGGCUGUGGAUGGUGCGAAGUGGGGAGAACAGGGGGAGCCUGCGUAUGGGUACCCGCCUGGUGGGGAUGCAGGAGAAGGGGUGAAGGGAGAAGAUGGGGAAAGAAUCGGAACGAGUAGUGAGGCACAGUGGGGUGCACGUGGGGAUGGGGUUAGGAGACGGGAUGGGAAUAAGGAUGGGGAUGGGAAUGGGGAUGGGGAUGGGGAUGCGCUUGUGUGUGGAGGAGGGAUGGGUGGAGACGGUGAGGAGGAAGGGGGAGGUAUGGGUGAUAUGGUGGUGGUGUGCCGAUCGGGGAGCAUGCUUCUGAGUGCUCCCAACACAACGUCUUCUAUACUCGAACCCGCUGCUGCUGCCACUGUCACGGCGGCGGCUCCUGCUGCUGCUGCUGCUGCUGCUGCUACUACUGUGCCUGUGCCUGCACGUGCGCCUACCCGGGGGGGUGGCAUGUGGCCGGUGUGUUUUGAGUGGACCCCAGAGUCAGCAGCGCUGGCUGUUGUGUGUGGGGUGCUGUAG